AUGGGAGGCUCCAAUAGCAAAUACACCAUGGAACAGUUGGAAAGUGAAGUUCCAGCUUUCACCGACAAACUUCCUCGACUCCAAUUAAGCAAUUUUGGACCCAACGUGAUGGAGCUCCAGGGAUCGGGAUGGUUCUUCAAUGCCAAGGCACCCUUUGAUGCUUCGAUUCUUCGUGGAAAACUGUCCCCCGAGCAGUAUGUAUCCGCUGUGGAAUCCAUCAACAAGGCGCAUUGCGAACGAUUGGUGGGCCUGAGCCGUGCUUACAAAAAGUCCGAUAUUCCAGUGCGCCGUCAACUCGGAAAGGAAGCCGUCGAGGCCACCAUUGCCAUUUUGAAUAAAGAAACCAGUGGUUUUCGAUGGGAUAUUCAAGCAGGGGCGUCCACGAGUACCAUCACUGACAUCAAGCAUGGCAGACUGACAUCCACAGAACACAAGCAAGAAACUUCACUUCUCCUGGUGUUUGAUCAAGAAUAG